UUCAGGGUAGCCUUCGCUCUUCAGCGGUUAACCCGGCUUAUAAAUAGUUUAUUCCCAAAACCUCACGUUUCAACAAUGUCGGUUCAGGCCCACCAACCUAUAAACUAAUCCAACCCAUUUAAUUUGAUACAUAGCUUUGCAUAUAAAAUCCGUCACAAUUUCAGGUUUUUUUUGUUUUUUUUCCCUUCUAAAGCCAGCUGUCUAAGGGAUUUUCUUUUUUUUUUUUUCUUGUUUGGGAAAUCAAAUGGGAGUGAAGGUGUUGUUGCACUGAUGUCACUGUUUUGGGUUAUGAUUCAUCAACUAGCUGAAAUUCAAGAACAAAUGCCUUCCUCCAAGAAAGUGAUUACGAGGGAAAAGUGGGAAAAGAGAUUGAAUCAUAUUAGAAUAAGGAAAGAAGACAUGAAUAAAUUGGUGAUGAACUUUCUUGUUACUGAGGGUUAUGCCGAAGCUGUGGCAAAAUUCCGGAUGGAAACGGGAACCAAAUCUGAUAUGGAUGUUGCAAUGAUCAUGGAUCGUAUGGCUGUUAACAAGCCAGUACAAUGUGGAAACGUUGAGGAUGCGAUUGAGAAAGUUAACGAUCUAAAUCCCAAGAUAUUGGAUACAAAUCCGGAACUCUUUUUCCAUCUCCAACAGCAGAGAUUGAUAGAACUGAUUCGGAAUGAAAAAAUAGAAGAAGCCUUGGAGUUUGCCCAAGAGGAGCUAGCACCUAGGGGAGAAGAAAAUCAAAGCUUUUUAGAAGAGUUGGAGAGGACCGUUUCACUCUUGGUUUUCAAAGAUGUUUCGAACUGUCCCAUAAGAGAGCUUUUGGAUAUUUCACAGCGCCUUAAGACAGCAAACGAGGUCAAUGCAGCCAUUCUUACUAGCCAGAGUCAUGAAAAAGACUAUUUCUUCUCUUCAGACCCAAAGCUUCAUAGCUUGCUAAAGAUGCUGAUAUGGGCACAAAAUCAACUAGACGAAAAAGCUACUUAUCCUCGGAUAAAAGAUUUUUCGAAAGCCACACUUGAAAACCCCGCAGUUUGAAAGGUUAGCAAAAUCAUUGUAACCUCUUCAUUUUGAUUAUAGCUCCGAAUUUAUUGGAUGUCAUUGAUUAAGACAUGGUUUUUUUUAGAAGAAUUGGUUGCCUUUGUUCAUAGGAGUGCCCCUUUGUAUAUUUGAUGAUCAUGCAUUUUUUCAUAGGGAUUCCAUUUAACAUUUUUUUAAGCAAAAAAAAAUAUUACUGGAAAUUUGUUUUAAUUACGUUGACUGGUGUCUGGCAUGUAUAUAAUGAAAUAUAUAUGUGUGUGUGUAUAUAUAUUUGUCCGAAA